UUUGAGUUGGAGAUAACUAAUCAAACAUAUUACAAAAUGACGAAUCAAUCACAACACAAGUCACACCUCUCUUGUAAAAUGAAGUCAACACCAUUCACCGUCUUCCUCAUUCUCACCGUCAUCUUCCACCACAAUCCACCCUCCUCCGCCACUAAACUCCCUAAACAAUCACUCCCCACAAAAUCCGGCUACCUGACAGUCAACUCCACCACUAAGUCCGCCAUCUUUUACACCUUCUAUGAAUCCCAAAACCCCAACAAAACCUCUCUUUCUCAAACCCCACUUGUCAUUUGGCUACAAGGAGGACCAGGCUGCUCUUCCAUGACCGGAAACUUUUACGAACUCGGCCCGUGGCGAGUUACGCCUUCUAAGAAACACAACAUUAUACUGGAAUCCAACCCAGGUUCUUGGAACAGGAUAUUUGGGCUUCUGUUUCUUGAUAACCCAAUUGGGACAGGUUUUAGUAUCGCUUCGAGCCCAAAUGAAAUCCCAACAGACCAACAUGGUGUUGCAAAACAUCUUUUUAUUGCUAUAAGAAAGUUUGUUGCUUUAGACCCAUUGUUUCAGUCACGUCCUGUUUAUAUUACUGGUGAAAGUUAUGCUGGUAAAUAUGUGCCAGCUAUUGGGUACUAUAUUUUGAAAAGAAACCGGUUUUUGCCCGAGUUGAAACGGGUUAAUUUAUAUGGGUUAGCUAUUGGAAAUGGGCUGACUGACCCGGGGAUUCAAGUGGGUACUCAUGCUUUGCAUAAUUAUAACCUUGGGUUGAUUAAUGAGAAACAAAAAACAGAAAUGGAGAAGCUGCAAGAUAAGGCUAUUAAGUUAACGAAUUUGGGUAAUUGGAGUGAAGCUACUGAUGCAAGAAACAAGGUGUUGAAUUAUUUGCAAAAUGUGGCGGGUUUAGCUACUUUGUAUGAUUUUAGGAGGCAGACGCCGUAUCAUUCUGAUUGGGUUGAAGAGUAUUUGAAGGAUCCUGAAGUUAAAAAGGCUUUGGGAGUGAACGAAACGAUGGUUUUUGAAGGGUGUAGUGAUGUGGUUGGGGCUGCAUUACAUGCUGAUGUGAUGAAAAGUGUUAGAUAUAUGGUGGAGUAUGUCGUGAAGGAGACGAAGGUGUUGUUGUAUCAAGGGCAGUGUGAUUUGAGAGACGGGGUUGUGUCCGUUGAAUCUUGGGUUAGGAAGAUGAAUUGGGACGGAAUUAAGAAGUUUUUGGACGCUGAAAGGAAGGUUUGGAAAGUGAAUGGUUUGCUUGCAGGGUAUGUGCAGAAACACGAUAAGUUGAGCCAUGUUGUGGUGUUAGGGGCUGGGCAUUUUGUGCCUACUGACCAAGGUGUGAAUUCACAAGCUAUGAUUGAGGAUUGGGUUCUUGAUCAGGGCUUAUUUGCUAAAAUGCGUGCUCAAGAUCCACCCGAAGUGGUAGAUGUUUGAUUUUUUGUUGUUAAAGUUGUUGUAUGCUUUGGAAUAAGACCCGCGACACGAAUAUGUGCAAUCGAGUCUUGCAUACUGCUAGCCUGAUCACAUGACUAAAUAUUUGAAAUUGUUGUAUGAGAAAUAAACCUGAACGGCAAUAACAUUGAGUGUAACUGUGUAUGUGGGUCUUAGUUAUCUAGCUCGUAAUUGUCAUAACGUCUCUGGUGGACUAUCAAUCACGCCUGUCCUAAAGGUUUCGCUCCUUUUUUUUGGGUCAUGUUAUUUUGUCUGUCUGGCACAAUUUAUAACUGAUCCUAUUAUUACAAACUGCGAGAUUGCUCUUAGACA